AUGUUUGUCUGUUUAUUUGUUUUUUUCUUUCAUUGUUCGUUCGUUCUUUCUUUUUAUUUAUUUUCUAUUCCCCUCUGUUUCUUUUCCAUUUCACUUUCAUCUUUUAUUCAUUAUUUCUUUUUUAAACUAUAUUUUUUAUUUUAUAUUUACUCUUCGCUUUCUUAUUCUUUCUUUUUCUUUUAUUGUUUCUUCCUUUUCCAUUCCUUUUUUUAUUCUUUCUUUCUUUCCUUCUUUCGUACCUUCUUCAUUUAUUCUUUUUAUUACAUUUCCUUUCUUGAUUUUUUUUCGGUGUCUUUAACUUUUUAUUUAUUUUUCUUUUGUCUUUUUUAUGAUUAUCUAUCUAUCUAUCUAUCUAUCUAUCUAUCUAUCUAUCUAUCUAUCUAUCCCAGUCUGUUCAUAUCUAUCUAUCUAUCUAUCUAUCUAUCUAUCUAUCUAUCUAUCUAUCUAUCUAUCUAUCUUAGUCUGUUCAUAUCUAUCUAUCUAUCUAUCUAUCUAUCUAUCUAUCUAUCUGUUCAUAUCUGUUCUAUCUAUCUAUCUAUCUAUCUAUCUAUCUAUCUAUCUAUCUAUCUAAUAAACUCUAACUCUUCCAUUUAUUUUCUCUUUACAUCCUACUCUCUUUCUUUGCUUCUUUUAUCCCGUCUCAUUGUACCCUUCAAGUUUCACACCAAUCUUUUUCAAUAUUCAGUUCUUUUCUCUCUUUCAAUGUUUAUUCAUAUCUAUAUAUCUAUCUCAAGCAGUUCACAUCCAUUUAUCUAUCUAUCUAUCUAUCUAUCUAUCUAUCUAUCUAUCUAUCUAUCUCAGUCCAAUCAUAUCUAUCUAUCUAUCUAUCUAUAUAUAUAUAUAUAUAUAUAUAUAUAUAUCAGUCUAUUCAUAUCUAUCUAUCUAUCUAUCUAUCUAUCUAUCUAUCUAUCUAUCUUAUCUUCUUAA